CAUUGCUGCUGCGUGGUUGCAAAAUUCUGCAGACAGAAAAAAAUCUUUCUGCUUACGUAUUGGUAAAGAAAUUUUCUUGCUGGAUUUUAAAAUUCUAAAGCUGUACUGGUUCAUCGAUAGGCGUGGUUUUAAAAAAUCAGGGCGGGACAAAUAGAGACAAGAAGCAGGGCUUCUAGCACGUGGAUUGGCGGAAUCAAGGACAUAAAAUGCCCACAUGUGUCAUUUUCAUGGUUGGCCUCUUCUUGGCAGACAGAGCAUGCGCAAUGACAUUACAUUAUAGUGUCAUGAUUGAUGCAGGGAGUUCCGGUACACGAGUCAGAGUGUAUUCAUGGCCUGAUAGAAGAUCAACUUUCUCAACAUUUAACAUCACUGAAAUAUUUUCUAAAAAUAUAAAGCCACCGUUGAGUUCAUUUCAGAAUAAAUUAGAUUCGGUUCCGGAAUAUAUUAGUAACUUGACCUCAAUCGCCGAGCCAGAAGUACCAUAUCAUGUUCAUAAUAAAAGUCACCUGUAUUUAUUUGCAACUGCAGGUCUUCGAUUUCUAAAAGAGGGAGAAGCUAGGAACUUGAUGAAUACAGUGAGACGUAUUUUGUCCGACAGAAGAAUCAACAAAUUCAUUUACAGCGAAAGGAGCGUCCGAAUUCUCUCUGGCGAAGAGGAGGGCGUGUUCGCUUGGAUUACUGCAAACUACCAUAAUGGAUUCCUCUCCUCUAAUAAGUCCCUGUCCCAUGGUGUUGGUGUGCUAGAAAUGGGGGGCGGAUCCACACAAAUCACCUUUCUACCAGAUGGACCUCUCUUAGCUCACAUGUUUACAAUCCGAAUAGCGGGACGAAUUUACAAUCUCUACUCACACAGUUAUCUAAAUUUUGGAAUGGAUUAUAUGUAUAGAAGAAUCAACAAAUAUCUUAUCCAACAAAAUCCACAUUACACAAGGAUCACAAACCCGUGUGCACUGACAAAUGACAACUACGCAUACGACACUGGAAACAAAACAGUAACAUUCCAGGGAUCUGGGUCUCCUUCGGAAUGUUUCAGGAUUUUAUCAAUGUUUCUUAGGGAGGCUCAAGACACUUGUUAUCCAAAGCCGUGUGCGAUAGGUUCUAUCUAUCAACCAUCUGUGGGUUCCGACAAAUUCUACGCCAUUGGAGUUUAUGCUUUAGUCGCAAACGAUCUCAAUGCUACAGACUCUUCAGGGAGAAUUAAUAUCGAUAAACUUAACAAAACAGCGCAUGCGUAUUGUACUAAGACUUUAGACUAUGUGGUAUCUGCAUACAAAGUAACAUCGGAGUUUGCUUCAGUCACGUGUAUGACGGGGCUCUACAUGGUCGAGUUAUUCACAUUCUCUUAUGGGUUUCCUGUGAACACUGAAAGGAUCUAUUCUGUUUUAGAAAUCAAUGGAAACCCACUCGAUUGGACAUUUGGCGCGGUGUUGUACGAGAAUGAACUGUUGGCCAAGGACUAUCCCUGCGCCCCAAUAUCCUUCACUUCCAGUGCAGGGGUAUCAGAACAAAUCCUCAAACUAAAAUGGCUCUUAAUCCUUUCUCUGUUGUCUUUUCAUAUUUUUAUUUGACAGAUUCGAACAUACAGUGUGUUUCAGAAAACAUGCACCCAUUUUCAUUGAAUUAUAUUUUACUGAUGUUUUAACCAAUACAAUGAACCAUCAUAUUAAAUCAAAAGUCACCAUUUCAAGAUUUAUUCUUAUGAAAAUAUAACAGAGUUAAUAUGGCAAAUAGAUAAUGAAUUAAAAAUGAAAAAAAAGAAACUUGUAAGUUUUACUUAUUAACAAAAUAUGUUCGAAAUGGCAUCAUUUUUGCUGAAUGAUGCAAGAAAGUUCUCAUUACUAGUGCAAAGUCUCUUGGUAAUGAAUGAGGUCUUAUUUUUCGAAUUAUUUUGAUUUCAUUUGUUGUUUUGUCGUGUGUUUUAUAAACUGUGACCUCUAAAUAUCCUCACAGAUAAAAGUCAAGGAGAUUUAGGUCAGGUGAGAGUGGAGGCCCAAUUUAAUGGACUUGAAUGAGUUGAACAUUUGUUUUAACCAGCCCAAGGUUUUAAGAUUCAAAACAUAUAUCGGCAUUCGAUAUACAUUUGACUUGCUCAAUUUUGAGUCACAUUUGUUCACAGGCUCAGUUAGUUUGCUGAAGGAUUUCAUGUGAGUCUCUAGAACCAUGCCUCUGUUGUAACAUUCAAAAUAUGUUCGUCUUCUUAUUGUCUUUUCAUCCAAUAUUUCCUUUUCUUCGAUCGUGCAUUGACUCUUCUAUGAGCUUCAAAAUUUUACAGAUUUAUUGGCCUACAACUUUCACCUUAUAUUACUAAGUAAGUCUUUUGCAUUCUGUAAACCUUAUUUUCAUUGUCCUAAUUACAUGAACCGGUGGCAUGCUUUCUUAAAGCAGUUUCGGAGCUUGUGAUGAUUGCUUCUUAUUAAAUUUCAUACAUGUAUCAAGAAUGAAAUUAUAUGGGUUUUUUUUCAGUGAUGUCAAAUAUGACGUCAUAAUUAAUUCAAUUGAUAAUUAUUUCCAAAUUUUUGUUAUCAGUAAAAAAUUUAAAAGUCAUUUUAGCAUAAUUCUAAAUAACAUUUUCAUAUGUUUCUGUUUGCAUAUCAAUAGAGUGAGGAAAGUAAAAGGUUGCAUGUUUUCUAAACACCCUUUGUACGUAAAACAACCACAUGACUCCAUGAUUAUGAACUGAUAUCUUAUGAUGUUUCCGAUUCAAUUCAAUAAUCGAUAGUGUUUUGUUUUCCGUUCGAUUCUGAAACACUAAUGUGAAUUUAUUUAUAUGCAUAUAUUGUAUAGUAUACGAGUGUGUGUUUAUUGUUAUGUUAAGAAAAUAAACGAAAUGCAUUCACCCAAA